UACUUUUUAAAGUAAAUAAGUAAAUACUGGAAGUAAAAAUAUGACGUACCUAUUAAGUUCCAAAUAGAAAUAAAAUAACUAUUGUUUGGUGAAGUAAGAAAAUGUCAGAUCCUUGGCUGAGCGAUAAUAAGCUUAAAAAUAACGAACAAGACAACGAGCUGAGCAACGAAGCUCCGGAAACAGAAGCAACGACAGCAUCUUUGGAAUUCGAAGAUAAUUUUACAACUAUAUCUUCUGCUUCCGCUAACAACACAAACAACAAUUCUAACGGUACUAAGUCUAAGAAUCAUCAGCCGCUACCGGAUUCCGAUAGUUACUUACGUGGUUUAGAACGUAAACUUGAAAAAAUUAAAAAAGAUUCAAAACUUGUGAAGGCGUUAGCAGAAAAGCGAGAAGAUUGCUUAAGGACUCUGCUGACAGACGAUUUUCCCGCAAGUACACAGAACUAUGACAUAUUAGAAUUGGAUACACCAGUGAGUGGUGCUGAGUCUACAGUGCAAGAGAUUUGCCGACAUAUACAGCCUGUGCAGCCGAUUACGAUUGGCGAAACAGUAAAUAUUGUUAAAUACGAUCAAUUGGAAGACGAAAGCAAGGAAACGGACGGACGAGCAAGUCGUUAAAAACAACAUACCACUAAAAUAU